GGCUGGCGGGCCCCGAGGGGCGCGCGGGGUCGCGGGCCGGCCUGCAGGGCUUUGUGCCGCUCGCUCCCGGGUGUGCGCGAGGCGCAGAGCAUCCAAAUUGACACCAUAUGUUUUCCUAUUAGAUGCUUCGCGGUCGAAUUCUAGGCGCAUAAUCAUCGCCACUGGGCGAGAGCGCCAGCCGUCCCUAGGGAAGGGACACAAUGAUUGAGGCUUAACCUCUGAAGGGGAACUUAUAGCUGCGCUUCCUCGCUGCCAUUUCGAUGCUGGCAGAGGCGACCUGGCCCUGGGCGAGCACCUGCCGGCGGUCGCUGUGGAGGUGGCGGGCAGGUUGUUUUUUGCAAUGCGGGGAGAAGGAGGGAGGUCUAGGGUUAGGCGGCCUCACACGCCUUGGCAUUCCUAGAUUGGGACCUGCUCAGGCAGCGCGUGAAGUUUAGAAAGUCUUUCUCGAUCUUUCUCUGGGGCAGCCUUUCUUUUUCCUGGAAGGCUCCCUUUGCCCAAAGGGGAGGCUCCGAAUCUGGAGGAGUAGAAGCUCUUUCGAGGCAAAGGAAGGCAAUAAAGGGAGUUUAGGAGAAAACCGUAAGCGCGAUCUAGGGCUUGCUCUGUUGGAGAAACGGUGUCCCUGCGAUGGCCCUGCUCACGCUGGGCCCGGCCGGAGCCUAGAUACCCCAAAAGCCUGUCACUUCUCAUCGAGUUGAGGCUCCAGCACCCCCCUCAGUGAGGGCCCCCCCCUGCCCCAAGCCUUCGGCUACCCUGAAAACGCGGCUCCCCUCGAAGGGGAAACGAGUGCAGUUCAAUCUCGUCUGAGUGAUCUACAAAUAGGGACGGAAAGGGUCGUUUUAUCACGGUCCCGUUUGUCGUGACGAUGCAAUUUCCCGGAGCGGAGCACUGUCACAAAGUGACAAGGCUGCCACAAGCGCCCCGACUGAUCUUUUCAAUUAGCCUUCCAUGCAUGAUCCGGAGCGACUUCCGCCUAUUUCCAGAAAUUAAGCUCAAACUUGACGUGCAGCUAGUUUUAUUUUAAAGACAAAUGUCAGAGAGGCUCAUCAUAUUUUCCCCCCUCUUCUAUAUUUGGAGCUUAUUUAUUGCUAAGAAGCUCAGCUUUCUGGAGUCAAUUUAUCAGAGGCUCCAAGGAGAAGAGAGGAGAGGAGAGCUGAGCGGGGAGCCACAUCUUCUCCUGGAAGGGCUGCUCUCUAGAGUCGGGGCUGCAGGUCACAGCGGAGUGAAUCAGCUCGGUGGUGUCUUUGUCAACGGGCGGCCACUGCCGGACUCCACCCGGCAGAAGAUCGUAGAGCUAGCUCACAGCGGGGCCCGGCCGUGCGACAUUUCCCGAAUUCUGCAGACCCAUGCAGAUGCAAAAGUCCAAGUGCUGGACAAUCAAAACGUGUCCAACGGAUGUGUGAGUAAAAUUCUGGGCAGGUAUUACGAGACUGGCUCCAUCAGACCCAGGGCAAUCGGUGGUAGUAAACCGAGAGUAGCGACUCCAGAAGUUGUAAGCAAAAUAGCCCAGUAUAAGCGGGAGUGCCCGUCCAUCUUUGCUUGGGAAAUCCGAGACAGAUUACUGUCCGAGGGGGUCUGUACCAACGAUAACAUACCAAGUGUGUCAUCAAUAAACAGAGUUCUUCGCAACCUGGCUAGCGAAAAGCAACAGAUGGGUGCAGACGGCAUGUAUGAUAAACUAAGGAUGUUGAACGGGCAGACCGGAAGCUGGGGCACCCGCCCGGGUUGGUAUCCGGGGACAUCGGUGCCAGGGCAACCUACUCAAGAUGGCUGCCAGCAACAGGAAGGAGGGGGAGAGAAUACCAACUCCAUCAGUUCCAAUGGAGAAGAUUCAGAUGAGGCCCAAAUGCGACUUCAGCUGAAGCGGAAGCUGCAAAGAAAUAGAACAUCCUUUACCCAAGAGCAAAUUGAGGCCCUGGAGAAAGAGUUUGAGAGAACCCAUUAUCCAGAUGUGUUUGCCCGAGAAAGACUAGCGGCCAAAAUAGAUCUACCUGAAGCGAGAAUACAGGUCUGGUUUUCUAAUCGAAGAGCCAAAUGGAGAAGAGAAGAAAAGCUGAGGAAUCAGAGAAGACAGGCCAGCAACACACCUAGUCAUAUUCCGAUCAGCAGUAGUUUCAGCACCAGUGUCUACCAACCAAUCCCACAACCCACCACGCCUGUUUCCUCCUUCACGUCUGGCUCCAUGUUGGGCCGAACAGACACAGCCCUCACAAACACAUACAGUGCUUUGCCGCCCAUGCCCAGCUUCACCAUGGCAAAUAACCUGCCUAUGCAACCCCCAGUCCCCAGCCAGACCUCUGCGUACUCCUGCAUGCUGCCCACCAGCCCUUCGGUGAACGGGCGGAGUUAUGACACCUACACCCCCCCACAUAUGCAGACACACAUGAACAGUCAGCCAAUGGGCACCUCGGGCACCACUUCCACAGGACUCAUUUCCCCUGGUGUGUCAGUUCCAGUUCAAGUUCCUGGAAGUGAACCUGAUAUGUCUCAAUACUGGCCAAGAUUACAGUAAAAAAAAACAAACAAUCAAAAAACAAACAAACAAAAGGAAAGGAUAUAUUGUGUUAAUUCAGUCAAUGACUAUGUGGACACAGCAGUUGGACGUUCAGGAAGGAAAGAAAAAUGGCUGUUAGAAGCACUUCAGUACUGCAAUUGUGUCCUGUGUUGAACCACUGGGGAAUGGACUUGAAACAAGGACCUUUGUAUACAGAAGGCACGAUAUCAGUUGGAACAAAUCUUCAUUUUGGUAUCCAAACUUUUAUUCAUUUUGGUGUAUUAUUUGUAAAUGGGCAUUUGUAUGUUAUAAUGAAAAAAAGAACAACGUAGACUGGAUGGAUGUUUGAUCUCUGUUGGUCAUGAAGUUGUUUUAAAAAAAAGGAAAUCAUGAUCAACAAGCUUUGCCACGAAUUUGAGUUUUAUCAAGAUAUAUCGAAUACUUCUACCCAUCUGUUCAUAGUUUAUGGACUGAUGUUCCACGUUUGUAUCAUUCCUUUGCAUAUACUUAAACCUGGAACAACAUGCACUAGAUUUAUGUAAGAAAUAUCUGUUGGUUUUCCAAAGGUUGUUAACAGAUGAAGUUUAUGUGCAAAAAAAGGGUAAGAUAUAAAUUCAAGGAAGAAAAAAGUUGAUAGCUAAAAGGUAGAGUGUGUCUUCGAUAUAAUCCAAUUUGUUUUAUGUCAAAAUGUAAGUAUUUGUCUUCCCUAGAAAUCCUCAGAAUGAUUUCUAUAAUAAAGUUAAUUUCAUUUAUAUUUGACAAGAAUACUCUAUAGAUGUUUUAUACACAUUUUCAUGCAAUCAUAAGUUUCUUCUUUGGCCAGCAAAAGUUAAUUGUUCUUAGAUAUAGUUGUAUUACUGUUCACAGUCCAAUCAUUUUGUGCAUCUAGAAUUCAUUCCUAAUCAAUUAAAAGUGCUUGCAAGAGUUUUAAACUUAAGUGUUUUGAAGUUGUUCACAACUACAUAUCAAAAUUAACCAUUGUUGAUUGUAAAAACCAUGCCAAAGCCUUUGUAUUUCCUUUAUUAUACUAUUUUCUUUUUAACCUUA